AUGACCAAGGUUUCUUUAUUUGACACUCACAGGGCUAAGGCCCUUGUCAAGGCGAACGGGUCUUUGGAAGCCAUCCGCAGCAUCUCAGGCUCGACCUGGGGGACCUCCCUGCUGAGCAUGCGCCGCAUCUACCUGGCAGUGGUCGUCCCCCAGCUACUCUACGGGGCGGCUGCCUGGUAUAGCCCUACGAGCUGGACGGUCAGUUCCAAGAAGCUCCAGAAGACAGUCAAUGAAUUCCAGAGGAUUCAAACCCGCGCAGCUGUUCUUAUC